AUGUCUUCCAAAUACGCCGCUCUUCCAGAUUUAGACAUUUCACAAGAUGUAUAUGAGACCCCGGACCUCGCGGAGGAUAUAUCCACCUUCCAGACAUCGACUAGCGCAGCCCAUUCCGCCUCCGGUUCUGAAGUCGGUGAAGACGCGAACGGUUGUGGAACCAUCAGCUAUGACCAUUUAAGACUUGCAGCUGCGAGGGGAUCCUUCAAACAUACCGAGAUCGAUGCAACAGGUGUUGACUUCUCAGAUCGUAUCAGUGGAAAGCGAAGAAGUUAUAGAGCUAGUUCUAGGAGGCGGAGGAGGAGGGCUGGAGCGUACGACGAGGAGUACGAUGAUGACGAUGAUGAUGAUGGGCUUGGUGAGGAGACGUUGGAGAAACGAGUGGCUAGGCUGAAGAAGGAGGUUGAGGAGGUUAGGGGUGAGAUUGAGGCUAGGGAGCAAGAACUUGGAGAUGGGAUGGAGGAGGAUGGAACGGUCCAGGGGGGGGCGAGAAAAGGGGAGGAGGGGGUGUGUGUGGAUGACGAGGAUGAGGAUAUUCUGGAUGUGGUGGAGUUCAAGUCGAGCAUCGAUGAAUUGAGUAAUAAGGCAUCCGAGAAUGCGCCUAUUACAACGGAUGGUUCAACGGCAACAUAUACAGUGACUUACGCCCCGGCCUUCAAACAAUCUCACGCUCUGGCCAAGGCAGCAGACUUCGACAAGCGUCUUACCGUCCUCGAGAAGGUCCUCGGAAUGAGCGCAUCCGCUACCGUAAACGUUGACAAAGAACUCCCCAAUUCGGCCAUGAUCCCUACCCUCGACGAACUCAGCCGACAAAUGUCUGUCUUGACAGCUCCGUCUACAACAUCCCUCGACGCAGCCAACAAACGAGUAAAACAGCUCACCCUGGAAGCAGAAAGGCUAGCAGAGGCUAGGAAAGCCGCCAAGGCCACUGCAGAUGCUCGAAGGGAGGAAGCCGACCAACUCUCAGAGGGAAGUACCGCCCCACUGGCAGACAUGAGCGAACGAGAAGCCAAGAUAAACGCACUCUAUGGUGCACUCCCCACGAUCGAGAAUCUCGGGCCGCUUCUGCCGGCUGUUCUCGAUCGCUUACGAAGUCUCAGGACUAUUCACGCUGACGCCGGAAAGGCGGUGGAAAACCUGACUAAGUUGGAGAGGAGGCAGGAGGAGAUGGGCGGGGAAAUUGCGCGGUGGAGGGCCGCGCUGGAAAAAGUGGAAACAGUGGUCAAGGAGAGUGAGGGGACGAUACAGGGUAAUAUGGGCAAAGUUGAGGGGUGGGUCCAGGAAUUGGAAGAGAAGGUUCGGAUGGUGGAGAAGAUGGUUGAAAGGUAG